GCUGUCAGUCCCUGAGGGUCCCGCCUUGCCCCAUCCCAGGCACCAUCAAAAGGCAGGAGAGGGGAUGGAGUGUGCUGGGUUCAUCCUUACUGCUGCUCUGCUCACCUCCAGCAGCUGCCAUGGCCUCUGCUGUGCCCCACAAGGAGGAGGCUGCCCAGAGCUCCCCAGAGAAGGAGGAGGAGCAGGAGGCUGCAGUGAAGGAGGUGGCCAGUCUGAGCCUGCCGAGCUCUGCCUGUGGUGUGGUUUCUGCAGCUGAUGCCUCCAGCAAGGAGAGCCAGCCCUGCCUGAGGAUCGCUGCAGUGACUGAGUAUGCUGCCAAGGGCUUGGAUAAACUGGGGGAACUGGGGGAGAAGCUGCCACUCCUUCCAAAGCCAGUGGAACAGAUCCUCUCUGACACAAAGGAGCUGCUGUCAGCCAGAGUGGCUGAGGUGAAGGAGGUUGUGAGCAGCAGAGUGCUGGAGGUGCUGGAUGUCACCAGGGAUGCUCUGCAGGGCAGCGAGGGGGCUGCCACACCUGCAGAGACCAGCGCUGCUGGGCUGGGGCCUGCAGGGGGACAGAGGGAUGUCUGUGGAGCAGAGGCUGUGCUGGGGACAGCAGAAGGUGGCUCUCUCCCUGUUGGAAAUGAGGAGCUAGCCCAGCUGGCAGUGUGUGAGGAGGGCACGGCCGUGCCCCUGCAGCAGCAGCACAGGAGGUGCUUUGUGCACCCGGGCUCUCUCUCGCAGGACCUGCGCCUCUCUGCACAGCUGCACUCCACAGCCAGGACCAAGCAGCUCUGGCAGGGCAUGCAGGGGGCCCUGGCACAGCUCCACUGCAUCCUCCAGCUGGUUGAGGCUUUUAAGCAAGGAUUUAAUCAAAAGCUUCAGGAGGAGCAGGAGAAACUACACCAGAUGUGGCUGGACUGGAGUAGGAAGUAUCUCAGAGAGAGUGGAGAUGAAAGCCCUGUGGAGCCAGAGGAGAUGGAGUGCCUGACGCUGCUGAUGGCUCGCAGGGUCAGCCAGCAGCUGCAGCUCACCUGCUCCGGGGUGCUGGCUGCCCUGCAGGGCCUCCCCUGCAGCCUGCAGGACAGGCUGCAGCCGGCUCUGGCUGCCAGCCAGGAGCUGCAUGCUGCUUUCUCAAAGGCAAACUCCUGCCAGGAUUUGUCCAGCAGUGUCCUGAGCCGGGGCCAGAGGGAGCUGGCUGUGAUCCAGGAGUACAUGGAGGAGCUGCUGGAUUACCUGAAGAACAGCACUCCUCUGUCCUGGCUGGUGGGACCUUCCUCCCCCAGGGAGGAGGAGGAGGAUCAAUCCUCCCAGGAGGAGGAGGCAGGGGCAGCAGGAGCUGGGCACCUGGAAACCUCCAGCACCCCCAUGUAAAGGAUAAAACAAUAAUGGCUGUUGGCAUUAAACCCUCAGUAAGGGGAAAGCGGGAAGAAUUGUCUUCCUAAAAGCUGCUUGUGCUGGGUGAUAACUGCUUGAAAUAAAACUGCUGCAUACAAAA